GCAAUGUGAAAACAAAAGAGACUUUAGAAAUCAUUAAACUCUUUCAACGAGCUGUUAAACUUGCGAUGGUUCUUAGUGGUGCUAAUGAUACCGAACUGAAGAAUAAAACACUCAGAUUUGGUUCGCCGCGUUUGUUAUCAAUGGUACCUGAUAAUACUAAAGAUCAGAUUAGCAUCUUAUCUCCCUCGCUGUUCAGUAUGCAUGAUAAAGGCAAAGGUUUGGAAGCACUAACAAGUAUUCCGAAAUUACUCAAAAUAAUGGGUAACAGAGAUUACGAUGAAUGGCUUAAUUUCAUUGUGGAAGCAUCCGGUACAACUGAUGCAAUACAUAAAUUAAAGGAAGAGCAAGAAUUAGAUUGGUUACCACCCGGUUAUAAAUCAAUGCCACGUGGAAUUGAUGGUCAACCAAUGUAUUUUACGAAGGAGAACGUAACAGAAAUUGAUCCAGAAAUGGCCAGGAAGAUGGAUGUUUUUGAAAACUUAACACAUUCUCUUACGCCAAAACAGUUAAUGGAUUUCAAUACAACCGGAUUCUCGAUGAUGACCCCGAAACAAUUGGUUAUGGUCUAUGGCCCACAAUCACCGCUAAACAACAGCAAAGCGUUGGAUUUUUUCAUGUCAUUAAGUGAGGAUGAUAUGCACCGUCAUCUCUUUAAUGAUAUCCGUAAUAUGGCUAAGAUGCGCUCUUUACUGAAAAUACGCGGAAAACGACAAGCUGUACUUGCUCCUUCAGCUUUCACUUCGAAUGUUUUGAAGCCAAGGACUAGACCAUCCGUUCUAUCACCGGGAGUAUUUUCGGUAACAGCUCUUUCUCCAUCAAUCUUCGGUGCUUCUAUACUGAGUCCAAGUGCGUUUGCCGCCACACUACUAUCUCCAAGUAUAUUAAGUCCUGCGAUCUUGUCACCAAUAGCAUUUUCUAUUCUUAUCCUUUCACCAUUUGCUCUUAAUCCUGCAAUUCUAAGUCCCGCCGCACUGUCACCAUCUCUCUUAUCGCCGAAUGCAUUAUCACCGGGUGUUCUAUCACCAUCUGUACUUUCACCAGCUAUUAUGAGCCCGUUUGCUCUCAAUCCUUCCAUCUUUUCACCAUCGGCACUUGGCGGUCUAAUUGCUAGCCCAUUUGCACUCUCGCCGUCUUUUUUUUCACCAUCUUAUAUCACUGCGGUGAUCCUUUCACCAUACGCUUUCUCACCGUCAUUUAAUUCAACUGGUCAAAGUGUCACGGUGUUAUUUUCACCAAGUGUAGGAAGCUGA